AACUGUACGGUUGACAGCAGUAGCAGCUACAUCUGUGAAUGUCCUUUGGGAAUUGGCGGCCAAAACUGUACCGAAGGUAUCAAUUAUUGUUCUUGAAAUACAUUUAACCAUGCAGCCGUUAUUCAACUUACAUGUAGUUUGACACGAUGAGUGUCGUUAGUUAUGUGAUUGACUCUACCGUUCAGGAAAUCGGAACAAUAUCUACAAAAAGGGACAAAAGUGUUGAGACACUUCCAUAUAGAAAUAUCCAUCCCCUCCCCCUGUGUUACCUUACUCCUCCCCCAAGUUAAUUAUUUUUAUUUUCGACUCCAGAUUCUUUCUUCAACUACAAACAACAUUGAUUCGGGUGUUGAGGGAUUAACGGCCUUUAAGCAAAGUUGUGUAAUGAAUGAAAUUGUCCAUAAAAGCUCGCGUUUUAUAGAAGUCUGUCAACUGCUUUUUGUCACUGAUUGUAGCCUCAAGGCAAAGGAAAUUCUCGACACUUUAACCAAUACUUUGUUUUAGUUAGUAUAUAUAUUUUCUUAUGAGCUCUUUUUAUGACUUGAUGACUUGAUAACGACGUAAGUGAAACCUCGAAACGUCGUUAUUAACGAAGACGAUUUUAAGCAGUAUUUAUAGCGAAAUAUCUUACGGUACGCUUAGCUGGAGGUCAUUAUUUAAUUGCCCCAACAGACGUAGUGAACGAGUGUGAUUCAGCACCUUGCAAACAUGGUGGGAAUUGUACAGACCGUCUCGGAAGGUUUGACUGUGAGUGUCCACAGGAUUACGCUGGUCGCCAGUGUGAAUUAGGUAAGACAAAUUACGCUUUUCACCUUGCAACAAAAACUCAAGAUCAUGGCCAUGACUUUAAAAUGACGUUGCUCCGCAGAAAAGCUCAUGUACCUUUUUUUUUUACUCGACCCCAUAAUACAUUAAUUACCUAAACCAACGUCAAAAGCGAAGUUCUCGAGCGAUCUUUGCACAGAUAACUUUCUGGAGUAAUUCUCCUUUGUCAUAAGCGAGAAGCAAACUGAAUCCCUCCUGAAUGAAUGGACUUGAGCCAGCGAUCAAUUGAAAUCUAAAAAACUAGUCAGCGUCACCUCAAUAAAUAAAUUGUACACGUGAGCCCACUAUUCAGUCGUGUCACACUGGUCAGCGGAUUCGCAAUUUUGACAGCUGUCAGUUGACCAUAACAUGGAUGUCGAUUAUCAAGUUGCUGGGCAUACAUCUCGCGCUAACUACUUUACUUCACCUUUGUAUUAAUAGCUUGCGUUUCACAAACAUUCAACCUUGUGUUCGUCGUUGACGGAUCAGGAAGCAUAGAGAACCAAGAAAAAGGAAACUUUCAGCGUGCAAAAGACUUCAUUAUUGAAAUAGUAAAGUCUUUUAAUAUCGGAGAAGACGCAACACAAGUAGCACUAGUGCUUUACAAUAGUAACCCGGAGGUUGUCUUUAAAUUCAAAGACAACUUUGAUGACAUAGAGGAAGAGAUCCAAGAAAUGGAUUACCCAGGCGGAGGUACCAAUACAGGCAAAGCACUAGACAAAGUACGCAAUUAUGUCUUUAAAAAACUGAAGAAAAAUCGCGAAGAUCUUCCAAAGGUCGUUGUGGUAGUGACUGACGGACGUUCUCAAGAUAACGUAUCAGUACCCGCUCAGCAGCUUCGCGAUGAUGGUGCAACUAUUAUCAGUCUUGGGGUUGGUUGCUGCUUUGACGAGGAUGAACUUAACGAAAUGGCUACUGAUCCCGAUGAAAAGCACGUUUUAGAGGCCAGUUUUUCAGAAUUGGAGAAAUUUAAAGAUGCAAUGAAACAACAAAUUUGCUCUGGUGAGUUACCUGCUAGAAUAUCUUGUACUCUACACUGUAUAUAACACUGGACAGCCAAAUCAUCAAGCGUUCACCUUUUCCAAAUUUGAGGUACUGUAGGUUUCACAAUUCUCCUUUUUAUGUUGGUUGGCUGUUUAUUUGUACUUGCACGGGGAGGAAAGGAAGAGAGGGUUUUUUGCAAACAAACGUGGCCCGUUACAUUAUCAACCUAAUCAUAUGGAAAAAGGUAUGCACCGUCUGGCCUCAUAAUUUUUGUCAUUUUCAUCAACAACGCUAAAGUCGUCAUCGUUUAUAUCAUCAUUAUCGUCAUCGUUUCCCUCGUGAUUAUUGCUAUCAUCAUCAUCAUCAUCAUCAUCAUCAUCAUCAUCAUCAUCGUCAUAAAUGAGGGGUCAUGUAACAACUGCUCGGAAGAGAAGUCACCGAUGGUGCGUUUCUCUGAUCCCAAACAAUACUAAAACAAUUUUCAGAAUGGCAUGUCAGUGUUUUCUGCAACCAAUUAGGAGUGACCUUACGGGCAGCUCCUACACGACUCUAAAAAGAGCAUUAGAAGAGAUAAGGUGCAAGCGGCAGUCACGAGGCAUCGCAGCUUUUAAUGACGUUUUAUGUCCUUGUGUACUGAUAUGUAAGUCCUUUUUAUUUGAUAUUUUUAGCGGUUGACUUUUGCUCCAGUAACCCUUGCCUGAAUAACGGGACAUGUACCAGUUUAACAAGUGAUUUUCAAUGUCAAUGUACACCUGGUUGGCAAGGAAAAGACUGCCGCAAUGGUUGGUACUACAUGUCUAUAAACAACUAAUCCGUGUCAACCUCACGGGAUUAAUCUUCCCUUUAACUCUGCUAUUUGUUUGUUUUUGUUCGUUUAGAUAUCGAUGAGUGUGCUAUUAACAGCACUCAGUGCGGAGAUAACCAAGUUUGUCAUAACUUCCCUGGCGGAUUUACAUGUCUUGGUAGGUCAGCGGUUACCGACCGGAAUGGUUGCGAAUUUUGAACCACCGUGUUAAAAAUAAGAUAAGUUUAAGUAACUAAAAUUGUAAUUUAAUCAAAGAGCAUGCCAAUAGUUUCACUAUAUCUUGCCCUUCUCCAUUUAUCCUGUUAAUCUGAUAUUUAAAAUAAUCUGUAAAAUAAUAUGUAGAUUUAGCCAGGGCUAAAAGCGAAGCUCUCGAUAACAUACAUAGUUUGUUCAAACAAAAUAUAAAAUCGUGUAAUGCUAAACGGCGAAGGCAACGCCGGAGAACGGUGAAAAAAACAACAAUAGGUCUAAUUAGCAAAAAAGCAACUUUGCACGUGCAGCACACUUUUUUACAUUUGUUUGCCGUUGUUUUGCACGACCACAACGUGAAACUUCCAGAAACUUUUUUAUGUAGGAAAUGUCGUACGUGUUCUCGUUCACUUUUUUUUCACUGCCGCUCAUUUUCUCCUUGUAUUGGUGGCCGCUAGCAUUUCUCAUUUUGUCACCGCCGCUACAAAAUUUUCAUGUUGUUCUUCCAACAAAAAAAUGUCUCCUUUGCUUUUUAUCUCUCGCUCUAGAAUUCUGUUGCCCUUUUUCUCGUUGAGUUUCGCUGGCUGCCGCUUUUUCUCUUUUUCUCCGUCUUUCUCUUACUUUAUAUUCCAAAUUUGUGGACAUGACAAUUAAUCUAAGCUUACUACUUUAGAAAACACGGAUACAGAAACAUUUUCCGCUUUCCGGUUUCGUCUUUAUUGACUCUGCUUUAUAAGGCGCGGGUGGCUAUGCGAUUUCCCGCCAAAAUAAUCUCGAGUUCCAUUUUGGUUGCCAUACUUGUUGAUUGAGUUAUUUCACACUGGUAUGCCUGUGGUUUGGACGGACGGUCGGGCUACGGUCACGUGAUUACCAAAUUUUCUCGGAUGGGUAGAUUACCACAUUUUCUUACCCAUGGCGCUCCGCUGCGCGCGCUUCGCGCCCGAGAGCUCCGCUAUAAAUGGCGUGUAAUGGAGAAAACAAUAAAAUUAAAUGAAAUUGAAUAAAUCUAACAAUUGCCACGGUAAUAACUGUUCUAUCCGUAAGUAAUAUAGUACCUUCAUACAUCUCCCCGGAAUUCGAAUCUUUACUUUAAUAAAUGGAAGCAAAAAUAAUCUUUAAAGGUUUUAAACUAAACGUUUUAAUUUUCACUGAUUUCUCACUUAAUUAAGAUCGGAAAAGGUUGUUAUAUUGUCAUUUAUUAUGAAGCAAAAAUGUGUUAAAAUCUAGGAGAACAGUGAGACACAUAGUGACAGAUGAAGAGAAGAGAUUGCUCGUUACAGUGCAACAGAAUGUAAAUAUCUCUGUGAAAAAUAAAUAAAUAGAUAAAUAAAUAAAAACAAUAUACAGUGUAAAUAUAUCCUCUUUCAUCAGACGCCUGUUCUUUGAGACCAUGCCAAAAUGGAGGAAACUGCACGGUUAACGACAGUACCAGCUACAUCUGUGAAUGUCCUUGGGGAAUUGGAGGCCAGAACUGUACCGAAGGUAUCAGCUAUUGUCCUUGAAAUAUAUUUAACCAUUCAGCUUACGUAGUUUAAUACGAUGAGUUUGCUUAGUCAUGCAACUGAUACUUCCUUAAAAGAACUUGGAACAAUAUCGAAAAAUUGAGGGACAGAAGUGAUGGGACACUUCCCUAUAGAAAUGUCCAUCCCCUACCCUUGUGUUACCCUGUGUUACCCCCCUGUGCAUGACUGGGUGUGCUGCAGCAUACCUAACAUCAAAGUUCAUAGAAAGAUUGGCCGUUUCGACAAGGACAACCAGGAACUCGAACAUGUUGAGAAUACUUCUCUUCUGCACCAGCACAAAUUCACUGCGCUGUUUUUUUAGCGCACACAGAACGAGCACAGCACCUAUCUACUGAAAAUGGCCAGCACUGCCCUUUGCAGAUCAGAAAUUUAGAUUUAGAUUCCGCACUGCCAGUGGCCAAAGGUCCUUCGAAUAUAGAGGGACGUGCCUUUGGAAUAAGUUGCAACCAGAGGUCAAGCUAAGCGAAUCCGUUAAAAGUUUUAAUUGUCAACUUAGACGACUCUUUCUGGACACCACCUUUAGUUAGUUAAAUAUUUUUCGUGUUUUUAGCUUUCUGUGUUUAAUAUUAUUACUGUAACAUUGACUCUCAAAAGCCCUGAGGGGACGAGCCAAUAAAAUAUGUAUGUCUGCAUGUACCCUACUCCUCCCCAAAGCAAUGUUGUACUUUCGACCGUCGAUUUUUUAUUCUGAACUGUAUUAGCAUUGAUUCGGGAGAUGGGAGAUUGACGGCCUUUAAGAUAACUUGUUUGAUAAAUUAAACUGUCCAUAAAAGCGUUUUACCAAUAUUGAUAUCUGCGCUAUAUAAGUAUUAUUAUUGUUAUUAUUAUUAUUAUCAUUAUUAUUAUUAUUAUUAUUAUUAUUAUUAUUAUUAUUAUUAUUAUUAUCAUUAUUUUUAUCAUUAUUAUUAUUAUUAUUAUUUUACACAAGUCUGUCAACUGCUCUUUGUUACUGAUUGUAGCCACAAGCCUAAAGAAUUUCUCAACACUUUAACUAGUACUUUGUUUUAUCAGUUGUAUUAAUAUUUUCUUAUCAGCUACUUUUAUGGCUUGUUAAUGAUGUUACAAGGAACCAUAAAACUUAGUUUCUAACGAAAACGAUUUUAGGCAGUAUUUAUAGCGAAAUAUCUUACGGUACCUUUAGCUGGAGCUCAUCAUUUAAUUGUCCCCAAUAGACUUAGUGAAUGAUUGUGAUUCAUCACCUUGCAUACAUGGUGGGACUUGUACUGACGGCUUCGGAAGGUUUGAUUGUGAGUGUCCGCAGGAUUACGCUGGUCGCCAGUGUGAAUUAGGUAUGGUAAAUUACGCUUUUUAUCUUGUAACUAAAACUCAAGGUCAAGGCCAUGACUUGAAAAUUACGUUUCUUCGCAGAAAUGGCCAUUUACUUUGUUUUACUGGACCCUAUAAUAUAUUAAUUAAAGCAAAGUCAAAAGCGAAGUGCUCGUGGGAUCUUUGAAGAAAUGUCUGUCUGGAGUCAAUAAUUAAAAACUCAUUCGUCAUAAGAAAGAAGGAAACUGAAGCUUUCCUGAAAAACAAUGGACUUGAGUCAGUAAUCAAUUGAAAUUCAAUAACUAGUCAGCAUCUCCUCAUUAUAGAAAUUACACCCGUAAGCCCACUACUCAUGACUAUGCAGGCGAGUUACACUGGUCAGCGAAUACGAUAUUUAAACUGCUGUCAGUUGACCAUAACAUGGAUAUUCAUUAUCAAGUUAAACACAUAUUUUACUGAUAUGUCUAGCUCGAAAGUGUGACAUUUCACAUCCGCUAGCAUAUUGGGCUUACGGAUGGGCGAUUUUGUCGCAACCAAGAUUUGUUGGUUGCGUAGAUGACAAAAUUUUAUUGUAGGUGGUGUUCCAUUACGCAUGCGAAUGGUAUUAACUACUUUACUUCACUUUUGUAUUAAUAGCUUGUGUUUCACAAACAUUUAACCUGGUGUUCGUCGUUGACGGAUCAGGAAGCAUAGAGGACCAAGAAAAAGGAAACUUUCAGCGUGCAAAAGACUUCAUUAUUGAAAUAGUAAAGUCUUUUAACAUCGAAGAAGACGCAACACAAGUAGCACUAGUACUUUACAAUAGUAACCCGGACGUUGUCUUUGAAUUCAAAGACAACUUUGAUGACAUAGAGGAAGAGAUCCAAGAAAUGGAUUACCCAGGCGGAGGUACCAAUACAGGCAAAGCACUAGACAAAGUACGCAAUUAUGUCUUUAAAAAAUUGAAGAAAGAUCGCGAAGAUCUUCCAAAGGUCGUUGUGGUAGUGACUGACGGACGUUCUCAAGAUAACGUAGCAGUACCGGCUCAGCAGCUUCGCGAUGAUGGUGCAACUAUUAUUAGUCUUGGGGUUGGUUGCUGCUUUGACGAGGAUGAACUUAACGAAAUGGCUACUGAUCCCGAUGAAAAACACGUUGUAGAAGCAAGUUUUUCAGAAUUGGAUAAAUUCAAAGAUGCAAUGAAAGAACAGAUUUGCGCUGGUGAGUUACCUGCUAGAAUAUCUUGGAUUUUACUAUGUGUUUAACACUAGACUCUUAAUUCUUGUCAUCUUUAUCAACAACGCUAAGGGCAUCAUCUUUAAUAUCAUCAUUAUCGUCAACGUUGUCGUCAUUAUUGUCAUCAUCAUCAUCAUCAUCAUCGUCAUCAUUAAGAGCAUUAGAAGAGAUACGGUGGAAGCAGCAAUCACGAGGCAUCGCAGCUUUUAAUUGCGUUUUGUUUCCUUGUGUACAGAUAUGUGAGUCCUUUUUAUUUGUUAUUUUUAGCGGUUGACUUUUGUUCCAGUAACCCUUGCCUGAAUAACGGGACAUGUACCAGUUUAACAAGUGAUUUUCAAUGUCAAUGUACACCUGGUUGGCAAGGAAAAGACUGCGGCAACGGUUGGUACUACAUGUCUUUAAACAACUAAUCCGUGUCCACCUUGCAGGAUUAAUCUGCCUUUUUACUCUGCUAUUUAUUUGUGUUUGUUCUUUUAGAUAUCGAUGAGUGUGCUAUUAACAGCACUCAGUGCGGGAAUAAACAAGUUUGUCAUAACUUCCCUGGUGGAUUUACAUGCCUUGGUAGGUCAGCAGUUACCGAGUGGAAUGGUUGCAAUUUUGAACCACCGUGUUAAAAAUAAAAUAAGUUUAAGGAACUAAAAUUGUCAUUUAAUUAAAGAGCAUGCCAGUAGUUUCACUAUUUAUUGCCCUUCUCCAUCUAUUCUGGUAAUCUGAUAUUUAAACUCAAAUCUGUAAAAUAUAAAUGGCUUGUAAUUUAAAAUACAUGGAGAAAAAAUUAAAAUUAAAUGAACAUUAAAUAAAUGAAUCUAACAAUCGCCACGGCGAUAACUAUUCUAUCCUUAUGGUAAUAAUUAUAGUGCCUUAUUCAUACAUCGCCCCGGAAUUCGACUCUUUAAUUUAGAAAUAUUUUGGAUGUGCAUCAAUUAAGGAGAUAAUAAAUGGAAGCAAAAAUAAUCUUUAAAGGUUUUAAACUAAACGUUUUAAUUCUCACUGAUUUCUCACUGAGUUAAGAUCGGAAAAGGUUGUUAUAUCGUUACUUGAUAUGAAGCAAAAAAUGUGUUAAAAUCUAGGAAAACAGUGCGAUGCAUAAAUGAAGAGAAGAGAUCUUUGCUAGUUACAGUGCAAUAGAAUGUAAAUAUCUUUGUGAAAAAAAUAAAUAAAUAGAUAAAUAAAUAAAUAAAAACAAUAUUCAGUGUAAAUAUAUCCUCUUUUAUCAGACGCCUGUUCUUUGAGACCAUGCCAAAAUGGAGGAAACUGCACGGUUGACGACAGUAGCAGCUACAUCUGUGCAUGUCCUUUUGGAAUAGGAGGCCAGAACUGUACCGAAGGUAUCAGUUAUUGUUCUUGAAAUAUAUUUAACCAUUCAACUUACGUAAGUACGUUAGUACGUUAAGUAGAACAUUGAAACUUCGUUUUUAACGAAAACGAUUUUAGGCAGUAUGUAUAGCGAAAUAUCUUACGGUACGUUUAGCUGGAGCUCAUCAUUUAAUUGUCCCCAAUAGACUUAGUGAAUGAUUGUGAUUCAUCACCUUGCAUACAUGGUGGGACUUGUACAGACGGUCUCGGAAGGUUUGAUUGUGAGUGUCCACAGGAUUAUGCUGGUCGCCAGUGUGAAUUAGGUAAGGCAAAUUACGCUUUUUAUCUUGUAACUAAAACUCAAGGUCAAGGGCAUGAGUUAAAAAUGACGUUACUUCGCAGAAAUGGCCAUUUACUUUGUUUUACUCGACCCUAUAAUAUAUUAAUUAAAGCAAAGUCAAAAGCAAAGUGCUCGUGGGAUCUUUGAAGAAAUGUCUGUCUGGAGUCAAUAACUAAAAACUCAUUCGUCAUAAAAAGAAGCAAACUGAAGCUUUCCUGGAAAACAAUGGACUUGAGUUAGUAAUCAAUUGAAAUCCAAUAACUAGUCAGCAUCUCAUUAUAGAAAUUACACCCGUAAGCCCACUACUCAUGACUAUGCAGGCGAGUUACACUGGUCAGCGGAUACGAUAUUUAAACAGUUGUCAGUUGACCAUAACAUGGAUAUCCAUUAUCAAGGUAAACACAUUUUUUACUUAUAUGUCUAGCUCGAAAGUGUGACAUUUCACAUCCGCUAACAUAUUGGGCUUACGGAUGGGCGAUUUUGUCGCAACCAAGAUUUGUUGGUUGCGUAGAUGACAAAAUUUUAUUGCAGGUGGUGUUCCACUACGCAUGCGAAUGGUAUUAACUACUUUACUUCACUUUUGUAUUAAUAGCUUGUGUUUCACAAACAUUUAACCUGGUGUUCGUCGUUGACGGAUCAGGAAGCAUAGAGGACCAAGAAAAAGGAAACUUUCAGCGUGCAAAAGACUUCAUUAUUGAAAUAGUAAAGUCUUUUAACAUCGAAGAAGACGCAACACAAGUAGCACUAGUACUUUACAAUAGUAACCCGGACGUUGUCUUUGAAUUCAAAGACAACUUUGAUGACAUAGAGGAAGAGAUCCAAGAAAUGGAUUACCCAGGCGGAGGUACCAAUACAGGCAAAGCACUAGACAAAGUACGCAAUUAUGUCUUUAAAAAAUUGAAGAAAGAUCGCGAAGACCUUCCAAAGGUCGUUGUGGUAGUGACUGACGGACGUUCUCAAGAUAACGUAUCAGUACCCGCUCAGCAGCUUCGCAAUGAUGGUGCAACUAUUAUUAGUCUUGGGGUUGGUUGCUGCUUUGACGAGGAUGAACUUAACGAAAUGGCUACUGAUCCCGAUGAAAAGCACGUUUUAGAAGCAAGUUUCUCAGAAUUGGAUAAAUUCAAAGAUGCAAUGAAGGAACAGAUUUGCGCUGGUGAGUGACCUGCCAGAAUACCUUGGAUUCUACUAUGUAUUUAACACUGGACUCUUAAUUCUUGUCAUCUUUAUCAACAACGCUAACUAAAGGCCAUCAUCAUUAAUAUCAUUAUUAUCGUCAUCGUUGUCGUCAUUAUUGUCAUCAUCAUUAUCAUCAUCGUCAUCAUCAUCAUCAUCAUCAUUAUCAUCAUCAUCGUCAUCAUUAAGAGUAUAAGAAGAGAUACGGUGGAAGAGGCAGUCGUUCACGAGGCAUCGCAGCUUUUAAUGACGUUUUUUUCGUUAUUUACUGCUAUGUAAUUUCUUCAACCUCGUCCCCAGGGCUUUAUCCACCCUUUUUUUAAGGGAAAAGCCCUGGGGACGAGGUUGUAAUUUCUUUUUACUUGUUAUUUUCAGCGGCUGACUUUUUUUCUAGUAUCGUUGUCGUCAUUAUUGUCAUCAUCAUCAUCAUCAUCAUCAUCAUCAUCAUCAUCAUAAUACAUCAUCAUUAUCCUCAUCAUCGUCAUCAUUAAGAGCAUAAGAAGAGAUAAGGUGGAAGCGGCAGUCACGAGGCAUCGCAGCUUUUAAUGACGUUUUGUUUCCUUGUGUACUGAUAUGGAAGUCCUUUUUACUUGUUAUUUUUAGCGGUUGACUUUUGUUCCAGUAACCCUUGCCUGAAUAACGGAACAUGCACCAGUUUAACAAGUGAUUUCAAAUGUCAGUGUUCACCUGGUUGGCAAGGAAAUGACUGCAGCAAGGGUUGGUAUAACAUGUCUUUAAAGUGUAUAUGACAGAAAUUUUUUUAUUUGCUUGAUAGAAUCUAUACAGUGUUUUGAUAAGGAAAGCAAAAAAAUUUUUUCGAUAGCGAUUUUUCUUCCCUGUGUUUUAACCUGCCAAAAACGUGAAAUUUUACUUCCGGUGAGCUACAAAACCGCGCUAGCGAAAACAGAAGACUGGAAAUGAUUAUGACGUCAUUUCAGGACAUUCUAUUUCGCGGCAGGCAAAUUACCUGGUCAUUUUCUUAUUUGUGUGGCAGUGUUUGGAGAAUGUUUUUUGAGUUUCCCUGUCCUUUUUUUAUCAGAAACAGCAGAAAUCAAUAAAAAGUCGCUUAAGCCCGAAUUUAAUUGACUGUGAAAAAGAAUAAUGAUCCGUGUCCACCUUACAGGAUUAAUCUGCCCUUUUACUCUGCUAUUUAUUUGUGUUUGUUCUUUUCGAUAUCGAUGAGUGUGCAAUUAACACCACUCAGUGCGGGGAUAACCAAGUUUGUCAUAACUUCCUCGGUGGAUUUACAUGGCUAGGUCGGUUAGCGGUCACCUAGCGGAAUGGCCGCGAAUUUUGAACCACCGCGUUAAAAAGAUAAUAAUUUUAAGUCUGUUCUCUAUUUUUUCCCCAUUUUAAUUAACAAGUGGGAGAGGGAAAGGGAAACAGCAGAGAUAUAUUCCAGAAAAAAACAAACAAACAACAACAAAAAAAACUUUUAAACAUUUGUAGAAGAGCCGCUGGCACAACUGAGCGAAUGGCUAAAGCAAAUUAUUCUCGAAAGGAACGCGAACUUUAAAGCUAAUGCCCACCUGAAUAAAACAGCCUUAGAUAAUAUCCAGUCAAUUUAAAAUCCUCAACGGUAGCUUCCAAGACCUCAAUGGUGUGCCUCCCGACGCUAGAUGGAAAGCUACGUUGACAUAGGCAGCUUGCAAAUCUCGGGUUACUAUAUAAUAACUGACAGUCGCUCGUUUUCAACAGCCGACAAUAUGUUGUAUAGACCACAAUUUUUCUACCUAUGUGACUUCAAAUACAGGUGGUAGCAUUGCUCUAGAAAUAGCUGAUCAUCUACCGGUGAAAAGACAACUCAAAAUUGUUUAACGAAAAGAACACUUUGUUACUAUCAUCUUGCUCAGUAUUUAUCACUGCCACCCCGACCCGUAUGUUUUGUAUUUAGAGCGGUUUUCAUUUGAGUGUCGAAAAGUAAUUGGUUUUGCACUUUCUACACGAUGCGAUUGGCUUAAAAGAUUCGCGCCACCUUUUCAUCCAAUCAGAAGUAAAACCAAAGCCAAUUGUGACGCGCUCGCACGAUUUUCCCGCGCUUUGCGUCAGCCACAUGUAAUUACUUCGAGUUUUGAUUGGUUCAAUGUAUUGUCUGUGUCCUAUGUGAUUGGCCAGAGUAAUUACUUUGGUUUUGGUUUUACGACACUCAAACGAAAACCACUCUAUUAUAUCUAUUAAUUUUAUAUUUUUCCCUUUUUUCUUUUAUUCUAUAUAACACUGUAGUUUAAUUAAAGGGUAUGUCUGAUUUUGGCAGCUGUCAAUUCAUCUUUAUACGGAUGCCAUACAUUUCUGACAGGAUAAAUAAAGUAAUGUCAUUUUAUGCAAGAUCUAAUGUGGCAAUUGGCAUCGGCUUACAUGUAAUGUGUGAGUGGGCGGGCAGGCGAACGCUACGUCAGAACCAAAUUUUCUUGCGUCCAUACUGCGCCUGACUUUAACCAUCUGUUUUCCGUCUCAGACGAUAAUGAUGACGAUGGUGGUGUUUCAGGUUCAGGCUCAGACUCAGGCUCGCGGUCAGACUCAGGCUCAGGCUCAGGAUCAGGAUCACACUCAGGCUCAGGCUCCGACUCAGGGUCAGGUUCAGGGUCAGACUCAGGGUCAGGGUCAGACUCAGGCUCAGGGUCAGGGUCAGACUCAGGGUCAGGUUCAGGUUCAGGGUCAGACUCAGGGUCAGGGUCAGACUCAGGGUCAGGGUCAGACUCAGGCUCAGGGUCAGGGUCAGACUCAGGGUCAGGUUCAGGGUCAGACUCAGGGUCAGGGUCAGGGUCAGACUCAGGCUCAGGGUCAGACUCAGGAUCAGGCGAUGGCUCAGACGAUGGCUCAGGCGAAGGCUCAGGCGAUGGCAAUGGCGAUGGCUCAGGCGAUGACGAUGCUGAUGGUAAUGGUGAUGAUACUGAUGAAGAUGAUCCAUGGCUGCGCGGAGAUACAAAAUUUCUCCUCGAGUGUUUCAACACGGGAAGAGAAACGUCAUAUUUCCAAGCGGCCAUGUAAUGUCUUGUUUAUUAUAUCAACAACAAUGAAAUGCCUAACUAUUUUAUUUUUGAACAGUUUUUGGCUGCAUAAGGAGCGGAUUUUUAUGUAGCCGUAGCAACUGUGAUCUUUUCACAUCUGAGAAUAACAUGUUAUUUUCACAUGUGAAGAUAUCAUGUUUUCGCGCGAAAGCUCACCUGGUAUUUCAUUUGUGUUUAUAUAAUAAGAAUUUGUAUUAUAUUCCUUUAGUUUUAUUUCUUGUGCUAGCUCUUCGCCGUCAAAGCAAAUUCCCAAAGUUGAAGACUCUCUUCAUUGGCUUCUCCACGAGUCUUAAACGAUUCUGAUUUUUUUUUGAUAGAUAUUUUUUGGAAUAAUGAUGUCUCACCUGCAUAUCAGAUUUAUUGUUAGUCCUUCGCAAAAUGCAAGAGAGAGCAAUCUCUUAUUUAGGAGUAUCUUACUUUUUUUUACAGUGAAAUUACCAUGUGAUGAUAGCCCUUGUAAAAACAACGGAACAUGUCACCGUAAUUCUGAUAACUACACCUGUGAAUGUCUACCAGGUUUUAUGGGGGAACAGUGUCAAGGUACCUUAGUGUUUUUUUAUAUGAAACUUAAAAAAGUACAUGGUUCCUGGAUGUUUAACAAUGAUGUCACUCUACAGUAGACCUGUUUAGCUUGCAUGUUUUGUUUUCCCCAUAGGCCAUUUGCAAGAUGGCGUCAUUAUUCUACUUCAGGGUUUUCCUUUCUUGUUCUUUUGCUAUUUGAAACCACUAGGGUUAGUAAGUUAAAUUGUUAUAUAGCUGGACAUUUUUUCUCAACAGCGCACGCACUCAUUGGUUACCUCGAGGUCACAUGACAUCUAACAAUGAAACUAUUUCCCGCCAAAAUAUCUAAGCAGGCAACAUUGCAAAAUCUAUGACGUUAUAGGGUAGCAGUGCACAGUUACCCAGGGAUGUUGACCGAAGACCUCCGGUAAAGCGAGGUGUAAUGAAUUUUCAGCUUCAAAAUUUCCAGCUGUAUAACAAAUCACUUAAAGGCUGUCCCUCGGGAAACUGUUAAUUUUAUUUCCCUUAGAACCAGUCAUUGAGUGUUUAAUAUGAAAGAAAAACUAAAUGAAUUCUGGUCUAAGUAGUAAAAAGAUGUCAUCGUGCAAAUGUCCUAUAGACGUCCCAGGGGAACUGAUCCUUUGACUUUUCGUGAAUUAUUAGAUAUGCACUUAAAUAAGACGAAAUUUGAAAGAAACAGUUCUCUAGAGUAUUACUUUGUAUCGCAUGACUUGUUUUGUAAAAAAACAAAAAUACGAGCUGAAGUGGUUAAUUGAUUUUCGGGCAAUUUUGAGCAAUUCUGACUUUUGUUCAAUCUGGACAUUUCUCUUUUUCAGUGAUAAAUCAUUGCUACGAUGAGCCAUGUAAAAACAAUGGGUCUUGUGUCAGCAAUGGGGAUUCUUACCAGUGCACGUGUCCCGCCACAUUUACUGGGCCAAACUGUGAAGGUAAACGUACAAGUCUAUGCUUAAACCUUUUAUCGGAACUCUUCACUCCUCAUCAGAACCUAUCCGAUACGUGAUGAACCAUUUCCGAGAUCGGCGUGGUGCAGCUUCUCUCCGUUACAGAAAUCGCACCGAAAUCACCGUUGUUAUGGAGCUUUAGCAACGACAACGGCGACGGCAACGGCAACGAGAACGCCAAAAAAGCAAUUGGUUUGUUAAGCAAAACAACAAUUUUGCACGUGCUUCACAUUUGCGGAUUUUGUAAAUUUCUUUGCCGUCACUGCACGACUACCACAUGAAAAUGCCUGAUUUCACGCUUUAUGGUGGACGUAACCAAGCGACGACGAAUUUUUCUUUCUUUUUCCAAACUUGGGUGCGGUCCCCAAGAAAUCAACUCUAGGAAAAUUCGCCUACAUUUGUUGUUUUCAGCAGAUGGAAAUAAACGCGACAAUGUUUGAAAAAAGGCGAAUGCCUUAUCAAAGUUACGUUUUCGCUACCGCAACCGUCGCCGUCGUCGACUCUAAAGGUGAUGCUACACGAGACGAUUCGUAACGACGAUUUUUAGUGUAACAAGCGUUGCAAUGUUGGAACAAUGUUGCAGCCGUUCGAAACAACGUCGCAACAAUGUGUAAUGCUGUGUUGCGCUAAAAAACGUCGUUGCGAAUCGUCUCGUGUAACAUCACCUUAAAGCUGCCCGUUAUAGAUGAACAGAAGCCCUAUCUGAUAAGGUUUUUGCGCCUGCGCAAAGCUAACCGGUAUAGCGUGAAUGAACAUACCGUAAUAUUCCGAAAAUAAGCUCCUCCAUGUAUAAGCCCCUCCAAAUAUAAGCCCUUAAAACCGGUGACGCAAAAAACCCUCCGAUAAAUCGGCCCUCCAAAUAUAAGGCCCCCAGGGGCUUGAACUUGGAAAAAUGCCCUCAAAUACAAAGUAAAACAACACAAAAACGGUAAUUUACUUCUAACUAUAAGCCUAGCCCAAUCGAUUUGUAAACGCAAAUUUCCCUCCGAAUAUAAGCCCCUCAAAUAGGGCCUUUGAAAAAUAUAAGCCCCGGGGCUUAUUUUCUGAAAUUUACGGUAGCCUUACAAUGCAUAUUCACCUCAUUGACUAAUAUAGCAGAUUGAUUGAUGCCUCGCAUGAUUAAUUUGUUAGCUGUGGACUGCCUUUGAAAAUGCUUUGUUCCCCUUUUUUUUUCAGUGAAGUUACUCUGUUCUGGUAACCCUUGCAAAAACAACGGAACAUGCGAUGAGCAUUUUGAUAAUUACACUUGUGACUGUCUACCAGGUUUUACGGGAGAUCAGUGUCAAGGUAAGGAUCAGUGUCUCCCUUGUGAAAUAUCAUAAGAUUUUAUCAGGUCGGGGAUAUUGACUGUACUGUGGCACUAUACUUGUUUUUGUUUAUUGUUUUUGUUUUGUUUCUUUUUUUUCCCCACAAUUUUAAGCUAUUCUUACAUUUCUUACGUUUGGGAAAACCUCUUCUUCAGGGAGAGAUCACUGCUACGAUGAGCCAUGUAAAAACAAUGGAUCUUGUGUCAACUCUGAAGAUGGAUACCAGUGCAUCUGUUCAGAAAAGUUUACAGGAGCAAGAUGUGAAGGUAAAUUUAACGACGCAUUUUUACCUCGUUACUUAACUGUUAUGAAGCUUGUUGGACAUGUUUGGUUAGGAUUCACUUUAAAAUCGAUGAUUUUCUUUUUUUUUCUUUUACUAAACAGUAAUGUCACACUGCUACGAUGACCCUUGCAAAAACAACGGAACAUGUCGCGAUCAUUCUGUUAACUACACGUGUGAAUGUCUACCAGGUUUCAUGGGAGAGUUGUGUCAAGGUAAACAUUCAGGAAAUUAUUCUCUACAAACUCAUGAAACUUCAGGCCUAGAAUCACUCUAUACAUGUUUAAUCAACAAUUUAACGGGAAGUGCUGACUAUAUUUAUGUCUGGAGAUAUUUAUUUCAGUUAUAGAUCAUUGCUACGAUGAGCCAUGCCUAAACAAUGGAUCUUGUGCCAGUUCUGAGAGCGGUUACAAAUGCACAUGUCCCGCAGCUUCUACUGGACCAAAUUGUGAAGGUGAAUGCUAGAAAUGAACUAAGACCCCUUUCACACUAAGGCGUUUUCGUUUUAAAAUGUAUACAAUUCGAUGCGCUUAGGCCUUCCGUCCACACUAAUGCGCCGAGCGUUUUCAUCAUCAUACAAGCUGAAGAGGUUAAUUGAUUUUCGGGCAAUUUUGAGCAAUUCUGACUUUUCUUCUACCUGGACAUUUCUCUUUUUCAGUGAUAAAUCAUUGCUACGAUGACCCAUGUAAAAACAAUGGUUCUUGUGUCAUCAAUGGGGAUUCUUACCAGUGCACGUGUCCCGCCACUUUUACUGGGCCAAACUGUGAAGGUAAACAUACAAGUCUAUGCUUAAACUCUUUAUCGGAACUCUUCACUCUUCAUCAGAACCUAUUCGAUACGUGAUGAACCAUUUCCGAGAUCGGCGUGGUGCAGCUUCACUCCGUUACAGAAAUCGCACCGAAAUCACCGUUGUUAGGACGACAACGGCGACGGCAACGGCAACGAGAACGCAAAAAAAGCAAUUGGUUUGUUAAGCAAAACAACAAUUUUGCACGUGCAUCACAUUUGCGGAUUUUGUACAUUUCUUUGCCGUCACUGCACGACUACCACAUGAAAAUGCCUGAUUUCACGCUUUAUGGAGGACGUAACCAAGCGACGACGAAUUUUUCUUUCUUUUUCCAAACUUGGGUGCGGUCCCAAAGAAAUCAACUCUAGGAAAAUUCGCCUACAUUUGACAUUUUCAGCAGAUGGGAAUAAACGCGACAAUGUUUGAAAAAAGGCGAAUGCCUUAUCAAAGUUACGUUUUCGCUACCGUCGCCGUCGCCGUCGCCGUUGUCGUUGCUGUCGCCGUCGCCGUCGCCGUCGUCGACUCUAAAGGUGAUGUUACACGAGACGAUUCGCAACGACGAUUUUUAGCGUAACAAGCGAUGCAAUGUUGGAACAAUGUUCAAGCCGUAAACGGUUUGAACCCAGGAGUCAUUUCAAAAGUAGGUUGAGUUUGAUCGUCCGGGUGAACGUAGUCCUGAAUAGAACUGUUGUUGUUGACAGUGACUGACGUUUCGACAACCUGUGCGGUAGUCAUCUUCAGAGUCAAAGUGAGUCUUUGAUCCUGAAGAUGACUACCGCACAGGUUGUUGAAACGUCAGUCACUGUCAACAACAACAGUCCUAUUCAGGACUACGUUCACCCGGACGAUCAAACUCAACCUACUUUUGAAAUGUUACAGCCGUUCGAAACAACGUCGCAACAAUGUUGUAACGCUGUGUUGCGCUAAAACUCGUCGUUGCGGAUCGUCUCGUGUAACAUCACCUUAAAGCUGCCCGUUAUAGAUAAACAGAAGCCCUAUCCGCAAAAGGUUUUUUGAGCCGGCGCAAAGCUAACCGGUAUAGCGUCAAUAAACAUACCGUAAAAUUCGGAAAAUAAGCCCCUCCAUGUAUAAGCCCCUCCAAAUAUAAGCCCUUCAAACCGGUGACGCAAAAAACCCUCCGUUAAAUCGGUCCUCCAAAUAUAAGCCCCCCAGGGGCUUGUACUUGGAAAAUUGCCCUCAAAUACAAAGUAAAACAGCACAAAAACGGUAAUUUACUUCCAACUAUAAGGCUAGCCCAAUCGAUUUGUAAGCGCAAAUUUCCCUCCGUAGACUGCAAGCCCCUCCGAAUAUAAGCCUCUUCAAAAAUAAGCCCCUCAAAAAUGGCCUUUGAAAAAUAUAAGCCCCGGGGCUUAUUUUCUGAAUUUUACGGUAGCCUUACAGUGCAUAUUCACCUCAUUGACUAAUAUAGCAGAUUGUUUGAUACCUCGGAUGAUUAAUUUGUUAGCUGUGGACUGCCUUUAAAAAUGCUUCGCUCCCCUUUUUUUUUUCAGUGAAGUUACACUGUUCUGACAACCCUUGCAAAAACAACGGAACAUGCGAUGAGCGUUUUAAAAAUUACACUUGUGACUGUCUACCAGGUUUUACGGGAGAUCAGUGUCAAGGUAUGGAUCAGUGUCUUCCUUUAGGAAAUAUCAUAAGAUUUCAUCAGGUCUGGGAUGUUGACUGUACUGUGGCACUAUACUUGUUUUUGUUUUGUUUUUGUGUUUUUCCCCACAAUUUUAAGCUAUUCUUACAUUUCUUACGUUUGGGAAAACCUCUUCUUCAGGGAUAGAUCACUGCUACGAGGAGCCAUGUAAAAACAAUGGAUCUUGUGUCAACUCUGGAGAUGGCUACCAGUGCAUCUGUUCAGAAAAGUUUACUGGAGCAAGAUGUGAAGGUAAAUUUAACGACGCAUUUUUACCUUGUUACUUAACUGUUAUGAAGCUUAAUUGUUGGGCAUGUUUGGUUAGGAUUCACUUUAAAAUCGAUGAUUUUCUUUUCUUUUCUUUUACUAAACAGUAAUGUCACACUGCUACGAUGACCCUUGCAAAAACAACGGGACAUGUCGCGAUCAUUCUGUUAACUACACGUGUGAAUGUCUACCAGGUUUCAUGGGAGAAUUGUGUCAAGGUAAACAUUCAUGAAGUUAUUCUCGACAAACUUAUGAAACUUCAUGAAAGUAUAUCAGGCCUAGAAUCCCUCUAUAUAUGUUCUUUGGCCAAUUUAACGGGAAGUGCUGACUAUAUUUAUGCCUGGAGAUAUUUAUUUCAGUUGUAGAUCAUUGCUACGAUGGGCCAUGCCUAAACAAUGGAUCUUGUGUCAGUUCUGAGAGCGGUUACAAAUGCACAUGUCCCGCAGCUUCUACUGGACCAAAUUGUGAAGGUGAAUGCUAGAAAUGAACUAAGGCCCCUUUCACACUAACGCGUUUUCGUUUAAAACGUAUACAUUUCGCUGCGCUUAGGCCUUCCGUUCACACUAAUGCGCCGAGCGUUUUCAGCGAAAACGCUUUUGACAGUGGAUCAAAACGAAAACGUACAUAUAUCCUGUUGGUGUAGACGGUCGAAAACGCGUCAAAAUAAAAACGACGACCAAAAUAUCGAAUGCGCGUGUGUUUGAUGCAUGCACAAGGAGUUCAACUUGUGUUACAACGUGCAUUUCUAUCCCUUUUGAAAGUUUUAGUGUGGACAGUCGAAAAAGGAAUCGAAACGUGGUGAAGACGCGAAUUGAUCGAUGAGUUUUCGAUGCCAACGAAAACGCAUCAUUUUAGAAACCCAUUAGUGUCGACAGGGCCUAAAUGUUUGUAAGUGAAUGAUGCUAUAAGGGUGCGCGAGUCAUAUGUUCAUAGGUAACUUCCUUAAUUUUUGGACUAAAUACCUUUACCUUUGUUUCACAGUCAAGUCACACUGUUAUGACAAUCCGUGUAAAAAUAAUGGAACAUGUCGCGAUUAUCCUGGUAACUACACGUGUGAAUGUCUUCCUGGAUUUAUGGGAGAAAAUUGUCAAGGUAAAAUUAUCGUGAACUUGCUUUUUCUGAUAUAUUUAACCUGAUGUCAACUUAUCUUGUUUCGCUGACAACUUGAAGAAAUUCAAACUCUCCUUAUGUCUCGAGAUAUUUAAUUUUCUUUAGUGAUAGAUCAUUGCUACGAUGAGCCAUGCAAAAACAAUGGAUCUUGUGUCAACACUGGAAAUGCUUACCAGUGUACCUGUCCUGCAGCAUUUACCGGACCAAAUUGUGAAGGUAAAUAUUUGAAUUUAUUAUAUAAACACCAAUGAAAUACCAGGUGAGCUUUCGCGCGAAAACUUGAUAUCUUCACAUGUGAAAAUAACAUGUUAUCUUCACUUCUCGUGUUGAAAAAAUAUUUCACGAGUGAGCGCAGCGAACAAGUGAAAUAUUUUUCAACACUCGAAGAGAAAUUUCGUAUCUCCGCGCGGCCAUGUAAUAUCCUCUAUGUAUAUAUUCAUCUUAUUGACUAAAAUGGAGCAGAUUGAUGCCGCGACUGUUUAAUUUGUUAGCCGCGAACGCCCUUUAAAAAUCAUUUUUUUCCCUAUUUUUCAGUGAAGUUACUCUGUUCCGAUAACCCUUGCAAUAAUAACGGAACAUGUAACGAUCACUUUGAUAACUACACUUGUGUCUGUCUACCUGGUUUUACGGGAGAUCAGUGCCAAGGUAAAAUUUUGAUAAACUUACUUUUCUUAAUGAAUAUCACAGCAGUAUAUAAAGCGUUGAUGCGUCAUACAUGUACGUGUUUUAUCCGACAAUUUUGAGCUCUUCUGACGUUUCUUGCGUUUGGAAAUACCUCCUUUUCAGGGAUUGAUCACUGCUUCGAUAAGCCAUGUAAAAACAACGGGUCGUGCGUCAACUCUAAAGAUGGUUACCAGUGCACGUGUUCUGCAGAGUUUACUGGAGCAGAUUGUGAAGGUGAAUUGUACAUUUUUACCUUGUUAAAUAUAAUAAAGCAUGUUAAAUCCUAGUCAGUUGCAAAUCACUUUGAAAUCGAUGUUUUUUAUCUUUUUGUUUUUGUUUUCUUUUAUAGUGAGGUUACACUGCUACGAUAAUCCUUGCAAAAACAACGGGACAUGUCACAAUCGUUCCAAUAACUACACGUGUGAAUGUCGACCAGGUUUCAUGGGAGAAGUGUGUCAAGGUAAAAUUUCAUGACGCUUUUCUAACAUAUGAAACUUUACAAACGUAUAUUGGGCCUAGAGUCACUUUAUACUUGUUUUACGGACAACUUCGGGAAAUUCUGGCCAUACUUAUGUCUCGACAUAUUUACAUGUAUUUCAGUGAUAGAUCAUUGCUACGACGAGCCAUGCUUAAACAAUGGAUCUUGCGUCAACUCUGACAAUGGUUACCAGUGCAUCUGUCCUACAGUAUCUGCUGGACCAAAUUGUGAAGGUGAAUGUUACAUAGAUUUCCAUCUUCUUGUUUACUAAAGGUGGUGUUACACGGGACGAUUCGCAACGACGAUUUUUAGCGCAAUGUUGGAACGUAAAUUUUACGCACGUAAACACGUAAAAAUUACGCGACACUGGAAAUCAACCCUUAAGGUGAUGUUACACAAGACGAUCCGCAACGACGAUUUUGAGUGCAACACUGCAUAGCAGCAAAACAAUGUUGCAACAAUGUUGUAAUGCUGCGUUGCAGACGCAGGUUGAAAAUUCCUUAAGCAGAUUAGAACUGUCCGAAACAAUUCUUAUGGAUAAAUUAGUGUAUAGAGGUAGCGAGCCUUAUUUUAAGCAGUUAGAAAAGGAAAAACUUGGUCGUGAGGUAGAAAUUUCCGUUUGCCGUAAACGUGACCCUAAAUCUCUUUAAUAUGGAGCACGUCAUAUGUUCAGUUUAGCCAUUAGCACUGGAUGCUUUCCAGAAAAAAAAAAUGCAUGUAGUUCAGUGGUUCAAAACGUACCCAUCAAAUCGCUCUCAGAGCACGCAUGUCAAUGGAACUCUGUCAGACAACCUUCCUUCCAGCCGUGGGGUCCCACAAGGAUCUUUACUUGAACCCAUUUUGUUUCUCAUUUAUAUAAAUGACCUUCAAGUAUGGGAGGUAUCGUCAUCUGUACUUAUUUAUGCUGAUCAUACCUCCCUUACUCUCUACGCUAAUGACCCCACAACUAUAAGGAAAAAAAUAAAUGAAGACUUGAUGAGGUUCAAACGUGGCUGAUAUUUAGCUUUGAUUAAGGCUUGAUUGAUUGAUUGAUUGAUUGAUUUUGAUUGACACAGUUGUGCUUUCUUUCUUCAGACAUCUGUUCAUUGAGGCCUUGCCAAAAUGGAGGAAACUGUUCGGUUGACGAUAGUAACAGCUACAUUUGUGAAUGCCCCUCGGGAAUCGGGGGCCAAAACUGUACCGAAGGUACCAAUUAAUUUUCUUAAAAAAAAAAAGAACAAACAAACUUUCCAUACAAGCGUUAUUCGACUUAGUUUAAUACAAUGAAUGAACUCUGCACAGCCAUACGAUUUGCACCACCGUACAAGAAAUUGGAACAAUAUCUAACCUCAAACCAAAGAAAAUUCUCAAUUCUUCAACUAUAACUUUGUUUUACCUAGUAUGUUUCUUUUCAUACCAAUUACCCCAACAGACUUAGUGAACGAGUGUGAUUCAGCACCUUGCAUACAUGGUGGGAAUUGUACCGACGGUCUCGGAAGGUUUGAUUGUGAGUGUCCACAGGAUUACGCUGGUCGCCAGUGUGAAUUAGGUAAGGCAAAUUACGCUUUUUACCUGGGUGGCAAAAAGUCAAGAUUAUCGCCACGACUUACGUUACUCUGCAGCAAUGCCCAUAUACUUUGCUUUUCUCGACCUCAUAGCAUAUUGAUUUAGCCUAGGCUUAAAGCAAAGCUCUCAUGGGAUCUUUUACGAAAGAUCCCACUGGAUUUGACAGCGACAAUUGAUCAUAAUAUGGAUCUCAAUUAUCAAGUUCAACACAGAUUAUAUAUGCCUUAGAUUUCAAACUAGUAAGUGUGAUAUUUCGCACCCGCUAACCUAGAGGUGCAACGUACGAACGGGCGAUCUUGUCACAACCAAAAUUUGUUAGAUGCAUUGCACGAGAGACCGUCGACAUUCAACGAAUUUUCUUCCUUUUUGUAUUAAUAGCUUGUGUUUCACAAACAUUCAACUUGGUGUUUGUCGUUGACGGAUCAGGAAGCGUAGAGAACCAAGGCAGAGGAAACUUUCAGCGUUCAAAAGACUUCAUUAUUGAGAUUGUAAAGUCUUUUAACAUCGGAAAAUACGCAACUCAAGUAGCACUAGUGCUUUACAAUAGUGAACCAGAAGUUAUCUUUAACUUCAAAUACAAGAUUGAUGACAUAGAGGAAGAGAUUCAAGAUAUGGAUUACCCAGGUGGAGGUACAAAGACAGGCAAAGCACUAGACAAAGUACGCAAUUAUGUCUUUACAAAACUGAAGAAAGAUCGCGAAGAUCUUCCAAAAGUCGUUGUGGUAGUGACUGACGGACGUUCUCAGGAUAACGUAUCAGUACCCGCUCAGCAGCUUCGCGAUGAUGGUGCAACUAUUAUCAGUCUUGGGGUUGGUUGCUGCUACGACGAGAGUGAACUUAACGAAAUGGCCACUGAUCCCGAUGACAAGCACGUUUUAAAUGCCAGUUUUUCAGAAUUGGACAAACUUAAAGAUGCAAUGAAAGAACAGAUUUGCUCUGGUGAGUUACCUGCUAGAAUAUAUUGA